UAGGGACUAUGCCCGCCCUGGUUUUCACGAUGAGGCCAAAAUCUUAUCUGAUCUCUGCGGAUCAAUGCGAGCUCGGAAGUGUCUGUCUGCAGACAUUCUGACUUCUCUUUCUACGCCGUACUUCUCUCAGUCAUAUGGAGUUGAUAGCCUGUUCAAGGUCUCAGCGAGUCAAACUGACCAUCUUUCGUUCGAAAGUAGUGCCGUAUUCGUAAGAUCUUUUUCCUUGCCAUCCAAGCCCCUUUCUGUCUGUCAAGCUUCAUGGAAGAAGAAAACCAAAAAUCGUUGCUACACGUGAAACAACGUUAACGCCAUUCACGCUCAACUCGACCGCAAGACUGAGAUAACUUGCUUGUCCGCCCAAGACCAUGGUCAAAUCCAAGUCGGCGCAGGAAGUCGACACUUCGACAGACCCUGUUCGCAUCGCGCAGUCGCAACCGAUCGUAGAGACUACUAUCGGAAGACUCUUCAAACCUGUAACCAGGAAGAACGAUGAUCAGGUCGACGACUACUUCCAAUCGAUCACAUUCAAGAACCUAUUCAACGCUUUUCCCUUCGAAAAGCUGAGGCUCGCCGACUAUGAGAAGCUCAACGACUCAGAGAUGGCAUCAGAAAAACUCCCUGGCUCGCCAAAUGCGCCUAAGAUCCCUCAGCCUGGGAGCAUCCGAAAGCGCAUGGGACGGCAGAAAGACGUUGCUUUCUUCUGAUCUCGGCAAGAAAACUUUGAUUCCAUUUUCUUAUCCUUCUAGGAUCAUCGUCAUGGGUUUUGAGACUAGAACAAAAUGGAUGACUAAAUUGUUGCAGUAAUUAAGACACGCAAAGAUAAAGAAUGUCAAUCAGAUAUCCAG